GUAAAUUAUAUUUAAUAAUAAAAAAUAUAUAUUACACAUAUAAUUAACAAAUAUAUGUCAUAAUUACAUUUUAUAUAACGUAUACAUAUCAAUGUGUAUCGCGUAAGAUUUGAAAUUGCGCGAUAAAUCGAGAGGUCGAUCUGUCGCGCGGCAAUCACGACUCACUAGUCGAGAGUCGUGUACGUCACCGCGAUAACUCGUGGCCCAGUGGCCCUGUCGUGGUGCUGAUUGCAAACGGUAGACGUCAGUAGACACAGAAAGCAAAAGAGACAGCGGUGGCUCUUUUCCUUGAACGAACUCUUUGGUUCCCCGUUAGCCGAUCAGAGUUGCGUCGAAUUCCUACCGUGUAAUCCAGGACGAUUCGCUCAGCCGUCCAUUUUCCUAACCUCCAAAACACGCGGAAUCUCAGCAGCAAUUUCUUCGAAGAUCAUCUCGAAUCUCUUACUUUCUCUAUCUUGAUCACACUUUUCUCUCUCUUUCUCCUAUAGUUGCAUCCUCUCUGUCCCGUGUGCCUCAUUCUUCCAUUUCCACUUCCCUAUAUUUUUCUAUCGCCUUUAAACUCCGAACUCCGCCUGUCUCUGUCUCUCCCUUCUCUCUCUCUCUCCCUUCUCUCUCUCUCUCUCUCUCUCUCUCUCUCUCUCUCUCUCUCUCUCUCUCUCUCGCUUUCAUUUGCUCGCUCGCACUCUCCCCCACCCCGCCAGUACGUCUCUGACGUAUCGAAAAGUAUCUCUCUGCCUGUGUGAGGAACUCGAUUGUUCGUCGCACGCGACGUUUAAAGGACACGUUGAACGAGCGGGUACCGUGCGACAUUCGCCCCGUGGUGCCGAGUGUUAAAACAGCAGCAGCAGCAACAGAAGCAGCCGGAGCAGCAGCAGCAGCAGAAGGAGGAGGAGAAAGAAUCCCGGCGUGUCGCGCAGACGGCGAUAAUUGCUGUGCGCGCGACGGAUCGGAGCGCGGAGAGAGAAGAGCUCGCGGUGGCACGGCUCAGCUUCCCGUCGCCGAGCAAAACAGGGUAGGAGCAGAGAGUCCUUGCAGCGACAUGAAGCGUGCAGCUGCAAAGAAGCUCAUCGAACGUUAUUUUUACCAGCUCACAGACGGAUGUGGAAAUCCUCAUUGUGACAAUCAGCAUUGUGCCUCUAGUGGCAAGGUAACUAAUCUUACUCCAAAUCAAGCGGCCGCUCAAGCGAUACAAUUGUUCUCGCAAGAAGCGAGACUCUGCGAUGGCACGCAACCCAGUAAAGUCGCUCGGACUACUAUAGAGCCUGGACAGACGUCGUUAGCUAAGAGUCUACCUGUAAAAAGUGUUAAUUCUACGAGUUCUGAUGAAGGAAAACAAGAGUCAUAUCUUACGGAAGCUAAACUUCUGGAUAUUAUAGAAAAAUGUAAAGCAGAGGAUUCAUAUUCUUUAUUAAUUCGUACUUUGGGGGAAGUGUUUUCUUCUGGAAAAGCGUUGAGUCUCAGUUUUCAAAAGACUGAGAAAAGCAAUUCCCCUUUAACGGCACUUCUCGAACGUGCACCAGACACUCUGUUAAGGCCACCCGCUGAUUUGGAUAAAGAAGCAGUACGAUCUCUGCAAGGGGAAGACAAAGAAGAGGAUAGUAGUGAUCCAUCGCCUACAGUUCCUAACAAUGACGAUACCAGUGUUGAUUUACCAUCAGUCCGUAGAGCUUUUGAAGCACUUUGGUCUCUGCCAGGCGAAGUGUUUGAGUCAGCUCUGGUCAAUGCGCUAGUCACUUUGGCAGAUGAUAUAGAAUUAGAUCUGAGAGUAUUUCGUAUGGUACGAUGGGACAGUAUGGAUAGUUUGUUAAAUGUAUUUCUCAUUGUCUUUGAAAUUCCGAUGCUUGGGAAUAGCGAAUACUUGGAAUUGGCUCUCCAUAUGUUAUGUAAAGCGUUGAGCUGCGUGCCAGUAUUAGCGCAGGCCAAGUUAGCGCGCGUAUGGGCCAAGCAUUGCAAGUCGCGGCUUCCAAGUCUUCUGCAAGCGCUACAAGAACUCAUAACUGUCAAGGUAAUCGGAGGAGCCUUCACACGUGACUAUUGCGUCCAAGAUGCGGAUACUAUUACUGCACCUACGAAAGUUAUGAAAAUUUUAUAUUACGCGAGUAUGUUGGCUGGUGAGUUAGAUCCUCCUGAGUUAAUGUUGGGUGACGAGGGUGAAUCGACUGGUAGUGACAAAACUACUUCACGAUCAGCAAUAUCAGGACAAAUUCCUCAGGAUCUGUUAGCGAUGGAAUUAGGAAUUACCACGUUAGAUGCACGUAAACCUUUCAUACCAUUUACUGAUUUUUACAAUGAGCCACUUAGCGAUGCCAUAGAGAUGGACAAAGAUUUUGCUUAUUACAAGAGCGAAGAGCCACAGAAAUUUAGUUUUAUGAAUUAUGCUUUUAUUCUUACGCCGGCCACUAAAACUUUGGGCUUGUAUUAUGAUAACCGUAUCAGAAUGUAUAGCGAACGACGUAUGAGCUUUUUACAAACUGUUGUCGGACAACCUACUAAUCCAUAUCUUAGAUUAAAGGUGCGAAGAGAUCAUUUGAUAGAUGACGCAUUGGUGGAAUUGGAAAUGGUAGCAAUGGAAAAUCCGUCUGAUUUAAAAAAGCAAUUGGUUGUUGAAUUCGAGGGGGAGCAAGGUGUCGAUGAAGGCGGUGUGUCUAAAGAAUUUUUUCAACUAGUUGUCGAGGAAAUUUUUAAUCCUGACUUUGGCAUGUUCACCACUCAGGAAGACACACAAAUGACAUGGUUCAAUCCGACAUCAUUUGAAAGUGACGCACAGUUCACAUUAAUAGGCAUAGUUAUUGGUUUAGCAAUUUAUAACAAUGUAAUUCUGGAUGUGCGUUUUCCAAUGGUAGUUUACAGAAAAUUGCUAGGCAGAAAAGGCGGUUUCCCUGAUUUGGAGGAUUGGAGUCCGACACUAUAUCGAACACUAAAAGAAUUAAUGGAGUAUACAGGAGAUGAUAUGCCAGAAAUAUUUAUGCAAACUUUCCGAGUGGGUUACAAAGAUGUAUUUGGAUCGUUAUCAUUUCAUGAGCUCAAGGAAAACGGUGACGAGCUGUAUGUUACACAGGGAAAUAAAAAAGAAUUUGCUGAUCUCUACGCGGAUUUCUUGCUUAAUAAAUCCGUGGAGAGACAAUUCAAUGCCUUCAGACGUGGCUUCCAAAUGGUUACAGAUGAAAGUCCACUCGCAUUACUCUUCAGACCUGAAGAGAUUGAGCAGCUCGUGUGUGGAAGUAAAAUAUUUGAUUUCGCCGAGCUGGAAGCAGCUACGGAAUACGAAGGCGGUUAUACCGUGGAAAGUGAGGCGGUACGUAACUUUUGGCGUGUAGCGCACUCCUUGUCACCGGAGAGCCAGCGAAGACUUCUUCAAUUCACCACGGGUAGCGAUCGAGUACCUGUUGGCGGUCUCUCGAGACUCAAGAUGGUCAUUGCCAGACAUGGCCCAGAUUCUGACAGGUUGCCAAUAGCACACACAUGCUUUAAUGUGUUAUUAUUGCCGGAUUAUAGUACAAUAGAGAAGCUGCAAGAUCGCUUAUUAAAAGCAAUCAAUUAUUCGAAAGGUUUUGGCAUGUUAUGAGCAUGCUUUAUUGCUCCUCUUUCUUCCACCGUCUUUCGAAUGAUACUCGAAGUACACAAUAAGACUCAUUUAUUUUUGUCAUUUUAUUCGUAACUAUAUUAUUCAAAAAUAUUUAUCAUAGUAAUCUAAAAACUGUGCCAGUGCGCUUAAACAUUGAAACGUUGCUUGUGCAAUAUGAAAAUCAUCAAAUGGCUCCUAACAUUCUAAAAAUUUCAACGAAUCAAAGAUCGAAUUCUUUAUACAAAAAAAAUGUUCUUUAAAAAUGCUUUGAAACUUGCACCACUGCAAGAGUCACUUGUACCAUACUGUGUACUUUUUCUACUAAGAUAUAGGUAACGAAGAUCGAUUUCGUUAACCAUUCCGAAACGAUUGAGGGAGAAAGUGCAAGAGACAUUUUUUGAAACGCACGACUACAAUGAGUGUAAAAACCGAAUGCGAAACUACAUUAUAUAAAUAAAUAUGUAACGUUAGUGAACAUAGUCGACAUAAAUAGGAUGCGUUUCGGGAACUCGAUGGUUGCAAUCAUUAUGUGAUUUUACUUCGAGAUAUUUUAUUUAUGAAUGUUUUUCAUUGCCAACAAAAUGAUAAUGAUAUAAUUUAAAUUUUCAUUAUCGAAACGAUUUGUUAGCAUAAAUUAUAACUUCAUAUUGAGUUUACAUGUUUACAAUGUAAACAAAAUUUUAAUCAAAAAUAAGGAAAUGUUAUUUAUAAAAUAAUCGAAUAUAUUUGUAGAAACAUGAUUUAUGUAAUUAUAUAACGCAACAUUUAACUUGGAUAAUAGUUGAAUAAGUAAAAUUGAUAAUUGGUAUUUAAAAAAUAUAUUUUUUUAUUGAUUUGCCAUUUUUAUUUUAUUACAAAUAAGUUGAAAAUAUAAGAUGAAAAAAGAAUAAGAGAGGCUUUCAUUGUACAAAGUUGUUUUCAAAUUGCCGUUUAGCUUCCUAAACGCAUCUGAUGCAGCAAAGCCGAAAACAACCCUUAAUACAAAACACACUGAGCUAAUAUCACUGUGAACAGAUCUUUUUUUGUAAAAUAAUGCGUGGGAUAGUGGCGCUUUUGUAUAUGUAUUUUUCUUUCAGUUUUUAAUAUUUUUUUCAUGUAUCUCGCGUCACACGAUGAUGAUCAAGUAGUAUCGAAUAGAAAUUCGAUUUGUAUAAACGUUUAUAAUAGGCAGCUCUUUAACGACUGCCAGACAUUGUCAGUCGUUUUAUUGUUAUUCACGUGACAAUAAAGCUCUCAGAAAAAAUAG